AUGGCGCUCGGUAUGCAGCUGCAGAUGUUAGUGGUAACGACGUGCGGAAGUAUCCUCGGUGGUCUCCUGGCAGCUGCACAAUACUUUGCGAACCAUGACGAAUGUACGCGAGUACAAUGGACUCCAAAUGAGAGAGAAAACAUGGCAGCACCUUUGUUCUUCCUUCAGACUUGGUGCCUCACAUUGCAGCUUAGGGAUGAGAAGAAAACCUCCUUCCAACUACAGGUCUCAAUAUUCAUUCUAAACUGCCUAUGCCUUCUGUUUUGGCAGUUCUCCCAAUUUAUAUUCCUAACACAAACCGCCAUUUUCUUUGUCAUGGAGCAAUUGAAAAUUAUAGACUUGAAAACUCUAUGCCUCUUUCUACAUUCGCAUUUCGGUGGUAUACAUAUGGCCGUGUUAUUAUUACAGGGCAAUGAUAUGUUAAAAUCUAGUCUAUACACUUCAUUCUUCCUUGUGGUGUCCGCAUACUGCCUAUUCUUUAGUUCAUUGAGAAUUAAAAUAAGAAAUCGUUUUGACUUGGCUAUAGAAUCUUGGCUAGUCGUAUUACGUAUAGCUAUAGCCAUAUGCUCGUCGAUAUAUUUAAAGAAAGUAAUUAGUAAUUUCUUAGAAGUCGAAGAAGACACUCACGUAUGGGAGUUGUUAUAUUCCAAAUUGACAAAUUAUAAAAGUUUUCAUACUUUAAUUUACACUUGUAGUGAUGUUUUCAACGUUCUGCCACUAAAUUCUCUCGUUAAAAUGUUCGAAAGUUUACUAAUUCCGUUUGUAAUAUUAUCAAUGGUCAAUGUAUCUGGUGAUUGGAUUAGAAGCGGUUAUCUAAGAGCGCAAAAAUUUUACGAGAGAGUAGAAAAACCGGUAAUUUUGAAAAAACCGAAAACCGAUGAAAACUGCGACGACAGCGGAAUAGAGAACAAAACUGAUUCGAAAAAGAACGUAGAUCUAAAUAGUCUGGAUGUGACAGUGCAAGAAAAAGAUAAUUUGAUUGACGACCAUUGGUUGUUCUAUUUGAAGAAUGUGUACGUCGAUGCGGCGAUAUUUUAUAAUAUAUCUCAAAUGGUUGUGUUUGGAUUGAUGGCAGCGCUUGUUAUGAGGUUGAAAUUGUUGUUUUCGACGCAAAUGUGCAUUGUCUCUUCGCUGAUGCUUGGGACGCGGUACGGACCAAGGCAUAAGACUUCAAGACUAUCCCGAUGGGGAUUUUGGAUUAUAGCCAUUUUAAUAAUAAUACACAAACUCUGCAUUAACUUGACAGACGAAUUCUCCAAAAUUGGCGUAUUCACAAAUAUACCCCAAGAACAACUCCUCCAAUGGAUACAAGAUGAAACAAGUCCGAAUGCAGCGUUUGCCGGCUCACUGCCAAUAUCAGCCUCUGUAAUGUUGUCUACUCGACGGCCUAUUGUGGCGCACCCACAUUAUGAGCAUAAGGACGCCAGAGACCGCGCCUACGCAGUUUACAAAGCAUACGGCAGAUUUACUUCCAAAGAAUUAUAUCAGGAACUGACAAAACUUAAGGCCACGUACCUUAUAAUCGAGUAUAAUCUGUGCUACGAUCCGUUUAAAAAUCGUUGCACGUUGGCAAUGAUAUGGGACAUAGAGAAACCAUCGCUAGCCUCCAACCCGAAAUUGUGCCACAAAUUGAUCACAGAGAACACUGAACAUUUUUACAGAGUAUUCUCCAAUGGACAUUACGUUGUCUUCAGGAUUCACGAUUUGAGUGUCAGAUACAUGCCCCGUUGCUUCGAUACCUGACAUCGACUAUCCUACUCGGCCUGUGAGAACCCACAUGAACAAUUUUACAAGCGAAUUUGAACGGGGACUAAGUUAUUUUCCUAUAAUCAAAAUAGACAAAAACAUAGCGAGUGUAAAAGAACUUUAAUACUAUCUACCGACUUUGGAUUGGUCUUUGAGGAUAUGCACUUAGCAGGGAGUGUUGUUUGAAACAAAGAUAUUGAUACUGCAUUACUGCAAUACUAACUAGUAUUCAAAAUCAGGUCAAAAUGAUAUAUUAUCACAAUCACAGUUUGUUCUUUUCGAAGCAACGUCAAUUCGAAACUGCUUUGUUUUGCAUUGAGCUUGGACGCGAGUUUGCCGGAGGUAGAAGUUGUGCUGGUCAGCGAUCCUAUAAGUGACGAUCGUAUCAGAUUUCAUUUUGAAAAUUUCGGAAAACAAAUGCCGAGUUGUGUCGUAAAAUUAUACAUUCCCAUAAAUUUUACUGCACGUCACUUUUGACAACAAUGUACUGCAAUUAGGGCCUUGAAAGUAGUUAUGAAUUAAUGCGAAACUUGACGAGCUGACAAACGUCAAAACGGCCGUCAUAGCGUGCCGGUACUUUAGUUAGAAAUGAAGCAAUUUUUUUCGCAUCUAACACGCUUAUAUUUAUUUUUUCAAACAGACUUACGUUUCGGGCUCACUGCCAGAACCCAUGGUCACAAUGUAAACAAACUACCGUAUGUGCGUCAGCCGUAUAACAAUUGCUAAAUAGUUUUCACACGUAUUUAAAAAAAAAAUAUUUUGUCAACUUUCUAAAAAUGUACUAUUUUGAAUUAGGUCAUUUUGUUAUUGAAGGUGCGAUUUCUUUGAGGGCAAGUUCUAGUAUCCAAAAAGUGAUCUCGUGUUUACAAUAUUGCGGCCAAUUUCUUUUUUAAUGCCAACAAUUUAAACUGCUUUUAAAAAAGUUCUCUAACUCAGUAGUUAAGAAAGUACGUAUUUACUAAAUAAUGAAAUAUUAGACAAGAUUUUUAACUAACUUCGGUUUUUAUUUAAUUAUAUUGAGUUGGCAUUUUAAGAAAUGUGUAAUUUGAGAUCUUGGCAUUUCAAAAACAAUGUUUUGAGAUUUUGGUAUUUUAAGAAAUGUGAAUUUUGAGUUCUCGGCGUUUUGCGAAAUUUGAACUUUGAGAUCUAGGCAUUUUGAGAAAUAUGAACUUUGAAAUCUUGGCAUUUUUAGAAAUGUGAAUUGUGAGAUCUUGGCAUUUUGAGAUAUUAUUAAGUGCCUAAAUGAUGCCAAGUGAGCGUGAUUAUUCUAGUAUUGUGUUCUCUCAUCUCAUUAUACUACAAAUGACGUUGUCAGAGGAAGAGUCUCUCGUAACGGGUCAGUAAUUGUUAUAAGAUCCAAACUUGUUAACUGACGUCCUUUUAAGAGCUUAUUCAGUAUAUGAAUAAUAGAUCUCAAAGGGUCCCCGUAAAGUCCCUGGUUUUACAUGAAAAGGGUGUCAGCUAAUUAAGAUUAUUUAAGUGACGUACCAUUAUUUUGUCCUAUUUUCAUUUAAUAUAAAUAUAAGGUGUCGCAAAAUUCACGCAAGAAGUAAUUUUAAUGUUUUUUGAAAUGUUAACAAGCCCAUGACCACGCCUUGAAUGAGGAAAUUGGGCGCUGUAUCAACGAGAUUCAACUACAAUUAUGCAAAAUGGUCAUCGAAAAUUUCAUGAAAAAAGUGCGUAUGUGCCAGGGAAGUCGUGGAGACCAUUUAACCGAUAUGCUUUACCACACAUAUACCAUGUACUCCAUGGAUCAAUAAAAAAAAAUACAAUUUUUAAUUAUAAACCUGUGUUUUCUGUCAAAAUUACUUUUUGUAUGAAUUUUGGGACACCCUUUAAUUAGGCGUAGCAAUGCCACGUCUGAGAAGCGUUCUCAUAAUAGAACUAAAGUAAUAUUAUGUUACGUCUAAGCGCCCAGUUAUACGACGCGAAACUUUUCGCGAGGACGCUCACCACCCUUACCACGCUUUCACGUACAUUAAUGGCGAAUCUGACUUCUAUUUACUAGGCUAUAAAAAUUCCUCGCAAUAAUACAACUGCGCGGUCGCCGCGUAGACCAAAUACAAGCCAGACUCGCCCGAGCGCCCGGGAUGCUCAUUUAAGUUAAAACGUAAAAGUUAAAUAAAUAGAGCGUAAAAUUAAAAAAAAAAGUUGAAAUUCGUGUCGAAUACCCUAAGGCUAAUUCCUACCCUUGGUAUAAAACCGCAUGUAACAUCAUAUGAAAGUUAUCGACUAAUUUAAUUCGUAAUUUCUUUCCUUAAAAGAUGUCAUUUUGCAUAUGUGACAUUUUACACUAAGGGUGCGAAUAUUUUUUUUAAUGAUAAUUAGCUCAAUUGAUUGCUCAUUUACUUGUAAAAAUAAUAUUUAAAAAAAAGCAUUUAUUGUAUCUGUGUAAAUAAUUAGCAAUUUCAUCGUAUACCUUUCGUACAA